GGCUGUCGAGUUCCAACGUCGCUCUGUAAAGGAGCUGUAAAUCAGGACUCCCAGCUCCGGGUUGAAAUUAAAGCGGGGCAAUACGCCGACGAGGGAGCAUCCUCCUCCCGGAUCAAAACAUUUCGCUACUGCUCUUCAAAUGACCCCGAAAUGGAUGGUAACAAAGUGGAUAUCCUACGUGAAGUACCUGGUGAUGAAACAGAAAUGCUUCUGCUUCCUCCUCGUCUUUGCUGCCUAUUCAAUGGUGGACCCAAUUUUCUUCAGGCUUAUAGAAGGAUUCUUUCCCAUGGAGAAAUGUCAUUUGCCCAAAGGAUUAAAAUUAAAACCUGGAAACCAUGCAGACAAUUAUCUGGACUAUUGGACCAGGACUGAUGUUCAAACCUGCACAAGCUGGAAUGCUCCGAUCAUUUGGGAAGGGACCUUUAACCCAACUGGAUUCGAUGAGAUGCACAAGAAAAAGAACACUGUUAUUGGUCUCACAGUCUUUGCAGUUGGCAACUACUUGGACUUGUACUUGGAGCAUUUCCUGAUGACUGCUGAUGAACAUUUCAUGCCGGGAUUCUCUGUCAUCUUCUAUGUGUUUGUAGAUGACCUGACCAAGCUUGAACAGAUAGUUUCAAAGCUGAGUGGAAGAGGGAAAGUCAGAGGUCUUAAAGUUGAAAGGCACAAGCGAUGGCAGGACAAUUCCAUGUUCCGUAUGAAGCAGAUCUACGAGUUGAUUGAGAAUCACGCCAAAAAGGAGGCCAACUACAUUUUUUGCUUUGAUGUGGAUCAGUAUUUUAAAGGUCGCUUCGGCACAGAGGCACUGAGUGAGUCAGUGGCUCUCCUACACGCCUGGUUCUAUAGAAAGCCAAAGUUCCUGUUCACUUACGAAAGUAACCCUCACUCCGCAGCAUACAUAGAGAGCAAGGGGGAUUUCUACUAUCAUGCGGCUGUAUUUGGUGGCACUUGGCAGGGUGUGAGGAACCUGACGGAGGCCUGCUACCUGGGGAUUAUGCACGACAAGGAGCGAAAUAUGGAGGCCCUUUGGCAUGAUGAGAGUCACCUUAACAAAUACUUCUGGUUGCAUAAACCCACCAAAAUUCUCUCACCAGAAUACUGUUGGGAUCCAAAAAUUGGAUGGCGGAGAGACAUCCAUGUGUUCCGGCUGCUCUGGGUCAAGAAGCAGUAUGAAGUCAGUCGAGAAAUUAACUAAUUAUUUGAGAAAGGAGAGUUAUAUUGACUUGUAUCUCUUUCCCCUUUCAUCUCUGGUUGUUCUCCUGGCAGGCACAGAGUGGAUUAGGUGCAAGGGGGAAUAGCUACAGUCUGUCCUGAAUUCUAUGUGCCUUAUCUUUCCUCACACAUAUUGAAUUUAGAAAAGGAUCUCCUUUUCCACCAGUCUGUUGCAAGGCACCAUCUUGAAAGUGGGUCUGAGGCUUAUAUGAGGAAUAAUUGGCCUGGAGGUAAUUAAAUCACUGAAAUUUCCUGAUGGUGAAAUGGUUCUUGGAUGGCCCGCAUUUCAGUUAAUAUGUCCUCCUUAUAAACAGCAGCCAGUAAGGACAGCUGCCAAGAACCCACUUACUUGCUAAGACUUCAGGGGUUUUUUUUCAAUGGACUAUUCCCAGAUGAGGGUUCCACAGAGGAAGUGGAAAGGGGGAGAUGAGGUCUGGCAGCCACCAGUUUGACAAGGAAGAUGGCAAAAGGAAUGACAUUCCGUAAGAUAAGAUGGAAGACUCCAGCGCUAUCUUCCAUUCUCUAUUGAUUUGUCCUUCAUUUUCUACCAGGACUUGAGCUGAUCCUGUGUUUACCUGCUGCUGUGCUUGUGCACUGAGCUGCAUCUUUACAUACAUGCACGCUAAUGCAUGUACUAAAUCUUUAGGUGUUUAUCGUCAAUCUAUUUCAAAUUACAGUAAUCUGUGAAUAAAAUCAGAAUUCUGCACAGAAUUCAGAUAUCCACCUAGGAAUCUUUUGUUAGCAAAUUUCGCAUAAAUUCUCAUAAUUUAAUUGGAACAGCUGCUACUUUGAUUUUUGCUGUAAUAAUCUUUAGUGUGUCCUUCCAAUGCCAGAAACAAAUUCCGUUUAAACCUGGUUCUGGGUCAAGUGGAUAAAAUAAACUAAAGCUUUAAUGGAAUAUUUUUUUAAAAGAGAAAAAAAUCUGUGAAUUAUGUUUACAGAGACCCUUUAAGGUCAGCACUGAUUUUACGUUGUUUUGAUAUAAUUAAUAAAUUGCAGAUCUUUCUUUUUGGGUAAGAAAUUGUAUGUUUGAGUUGGGGUGAAUAAAUUUACAAUUCUGGCAAA